UACCCCAUCGAAUCAACUUUGGCUGGGAGGAGACACGACGCUGUGGAUCUCCACAACGGCAAACAAAACUCACAUGCUCAAAACAGAAAUGGAGGUCAAACAAUGGGAUCUCCCGUUCCGGUCAUCGCCACGCCCAUACUGAGCCCACCACCAUCUAGUUCCAGAUCGAGCCGCUCCAGCAGCUCCAGGACCGCUAGCAGUGGCUCCAGUAACCCAGUCACUCCCAACUCGUUGUCCAGCCCAGUGUUUCUAAGUCCCCCAGCGUCUGCUCAAUCCUCGGACAUCGACUCGUUUGGCAUGGAAGCAUUUGGUCCCGUGCUGGUCAGUUCUACACAGGAGUUUCAUGAUAUCCAGGUAGGACAACAUUAUCUGGCAGAUAUGACUGUCAAUGUAAUUUUUUCGUUUUGUUUGGUUUGGUAA